CCUGGCUUUGGCUUGUGGUCCUGCCUCCAGGGAGGCAGGGCCGGGAGGGUGUGGAGGGUGGAAAUUACGAUGACACUUGGCAAUUGUGCGGCCGCGUUCUCAGCACAGGUGUGGACAGGAGCCUGCCUGGGCCUGUUUGGCUGUGGGGAAUCUGUGGAAGGAGCGGGCUGCCCUCCCAGAAAGCAAAUUUGGCUGGGUUAAGAGUUGCACAAGUGCACAGUCGCAGCACUGGACCUUCAAGUAAUAGAGCCUGAUAUUCAAGCAAAAGGUUGUCUGACAGCCACAAGUCUCCUUUAGCAAUGGCAGGAGAGGGGAACUUCAAGGAAGAGCUCAGAUCCCAGGAUGCUUCCAGGAACUUGAACCAGCAUGAGACAGCAGGACAUCCACAUUCCCGGUCUCUGGAGAUGCUGUUACACAGAUUGAGGGCUGUCCACACCAAGCAGGAUGACAAGUUUGCCAACCUCCUGGAUGCGGUGGGGGAGUUUGGCACAUUCCAGCAGAGGCUAGUGGCCCUCACCUUUAUCCCCAGCAUCAUGUCGGCCUUCUUCAUGUUUGCUGACCACUUCGUGUUCACAGCCCAGAAGCCCUAUUGCAAUACCAGCUGGAUCCUGGCAGUGGGUCCCCACCUGUCCGAAGCUCAGCAGCUGAAUCUGACCAUACCCCAAGCACCCAAUGGCAGUUUCCUGACAUGCCUCAUGUACCUUCCUGUGCCUUGGAAUCUGGAUUCUAUCAUCCAGUUUGGCCUCAAUGACACAGACACAUGCCAAGAUGGGUGGAUCUAUCCUGCCGCUAAGAAGCGAUCACUGAUCAAUGAGUUUGACUUGGUAUGUGGCAUGGAGACGAAGAAGGACACUGCACAGAUCAUGUUCAUGGCAGGGCUCCUGAUAGGCUCUCUCAUCUUUGGGCUCAUAACUGACAAGAUGGGCCGCUACCCUGCCAUCCUGCUAUCACUGCUGGGGCUGAUCCUCUUCGGCUUUGGGACAGCCUUCGUGAACAGCUUUCACCUGUAUUUGUUGUUUCGCUUUGGCAUCUCGCAGUCAGUGGUGGGCUACGCCAUCAGCAGCAUUUCUUUGGCCACUGAGUGGUUAGUGGGUGAGCACCGGACCCACGCCAUUAUCCUGGAACACUGCCUUUUUGCUGUUGGGUCCAUGUUGCUGACGGGGAUCGCCUACAGUCUUCCCCACUGGCGGCUGCUGUUUCUGGUGGGUGGGGUACUUGCGAUCCCCCUCAUCUCCUAUGUCUGGAUUCUCCCGGAGUCCCCGCGGUGGCUGAUGAUGAAAGGGAAGGUGAAGGAGGCCAAGCAGGUGCUGUGCUAUGCCGCAAGUGUGAACAAGAAGACCAUUCCUUCAAAUCUGCUGGACGAGCUGCAGCUGCCCAGAAAGAAGGUGACUCGGGCCUCUGUCCUGGACUUCUGUAAGAAUAGGCAGCUCUGCAAGGUGACCUUGGUGAUGAGCUGCGUGUGGUUUACCAUCAGUUACACCUAUUUUACAUUGAGCCUGAGAAUGAGAGAGCUGGGCAUGAGCGUCCACUUCAGACACAUGGUCCCUAGCAUCAUGGAGGUGCCUGCCCGGCUGUGCUGCAUCUUUAUCCUCCAGCAGAUUGGGAGGAAGUGGAGCCUAGCUGUGACUCUCCUCCAAGCCAUCAUCUGGUGCUUGCUUCUCCUUUUCCUCCCUGAAGGGGAGGAUGGCCUCAGACUCAAGUGGCCACGUUUUCUGGCCACAGAGCUGAAAUCCGUGACGAUCUGGGUGCUCACACUCGGAGAGUUCAGCCUGGCCGCCACUGUCACUGUGUUCUUCCUCUACACCGCCGAACUUCUCCCCACCGUGCUCAGGGCAACAGGUCUGGGGCUGGUGUCUCUGGCCUCAGCAGCUGGAGCCAUCUUGUCCCUGACAAUCAUCAGCCAGACCCCCUCCCUCCUGCCCAUCUUUCUCUGCUGCGUCUUAGCCAUUGUGGCCUUUUCCCUCUCCUCCCUGCUGCCGGAAACGCGAGAUCAGCCCCUCUCCGACAGUCUGGACCAUUCGUCACAGAUGAGCUUCCAGAAAGAUGUGGCCCUGGACUUAUCCUCUGAUGGCUCUUUCCGGAAUAAGGUCAAGGACAUGACGACUGAGGAUACAUCAUCUGAUGAUAUGUCUGAGGAAGCAGCCAAGAAUGUCAUUCUCAAUGCCCAGAUCCUGAGAUUGGACCCAUACCCUGUCUCCAACCCUGCCUUGAAGCAAUUCAAUAAAGAGGAAGCAAACAGCCAGGCUCCCUGAGGGCCAGGCCCCCAGACCAUCUUGGGUUGGAAUUGAGUGGCCAAGUAUGGGGUCGUGGAUUCCAGGCCACAAAUUCCAGGCCUAGUUCAGUCUGGGGGCAGGGUCAGUCAUGCUCCCGGGCCAGCCCUUGACAUUAAAAAAAAAUGCCCCCCCCUUCUGCAGGAGCUCUGCUGUGAUUCAUUCCAAUAAAGGUACAAUGUUGGUCUUGA